AUGGGGCUGCUGGAGAGAAUGAGGAAAGAAUGGUUCAUGCUGGGAAUAGUGCUGGCGAUCGCCGGAGCUAAGCUGGAGCCGUCGGUUGGGGUGAAUGGGGGACCACUGAAGCCAGAAAUAACUGUAACCUACAUUGCUGUUUCAAUAAUAUUCUUUAACAGUGGACUGUCAUUAAAAACAGAGGAGCUGACCGGUGCUUUGAUGCAUAUAAAACUGCAUCUUUUUAUUCAGAUCUUUACACUUGCAUUCUUCCCAGCAACAAUAUGGCUUUUUCUUCAGCUUUUAUCAAUCACACCCAUCAAUGAAUGGCUUUUAAAAGGUUUGCAGACAGUAGGUUGCAUGCCACCCCCUGUGUCUUCUGCAGUGAUUUUAACCAAGGCAGUUGGUGGAAAUGAGGCAGCUGCAAUAUUUAAUUCAGCCUUUGGAAGCUUUUUGGGCAUCAUUAUAACACCGCUGCUAUUGCUGCUAUUUAUGGGGCAAUCUACUUCCGUGCCCUUCUGUUCUAUUGAGAGCAGUUUAUUUCUUACAGGCAACCUGUUGAUCUCUGUGUUUCAGAUUGUCCGACGGUACAUCAAGGACUGGCUUGAAAGAAAGAAACCUUCUUUUGGUGCCGUCAGCAGCAGCGUGCUCCUCAUGAUCAUCUACACAACAUUCUGUGACACGUUCUCUAAUCCAAAUAUUGACCUGGAUAAAUUCAGUCUUAUUGUCAUAGUGUUCAUAAUAUUUUCCAUUCAGCUGAGCUUUAUGCUUUUAACUUUCAUCUUUACAACAAGGAAUAAUUCGGGUUUCACACCAGCAGACACAGUGGCUAUCAUUUUCUGUUCUACACACAAAUCUCUCACAUUGGGAAUUCCAAUGUUGAAAAUAGUGUUUGCAGGCCAUGAGCACCUGUCUCUAAUAUCCGUGCCCUUGCUCAUCUACCACCCUGCUCAGAUCCUUCUGGGGAGUGUACUGGUGCCAACAAUCAAGUCCUGGAUGGUGUCAAGGCAGAAGGGAGUGAAGUUGACGAGGCCAACGGUAUAA